UCAAUUUCCAAUAAACUUCAUGUCUUCUCUACAUAUCUCAACUCUUUCUUCUUCUUCUUCUUCUUCUUUAAGGAGAGUUAGCGCUGCCAUUGGUGUCCCGAAACUCCCACGAGUUCCUCUCUCGCUUCCGAAAAUGCCCACUACAUCAACUUCAAAGUUGCUUCAUGAAUCCAAUGAUGGAUCCUUGCACACAGUAACUCCAACAGAAAAUAAACAUGUCACCAACACAUACAUGCUCCAAGAUUUCUGCCAUCUCAACAAAUCUAAGGCCACCGUUCAACUGUAUGCAAUCUUAGAGGCUGUGGCUGACAGAGUUGAGACGCACAAAAAUAUUGGGGACCAACGAAACAAUUGGAACUCUCUUCUUCUGAACUCUGUCAAUAUGAUGACCCUCACUGCCACAACCAUGGUUGGUCUCAACACCGCCAUUGACAACACUGCUCUCAAAUUUUCGUCCACUUUUUUGUUCACUGCAGCCACGGGUCUGCUAUUGGUGAUGAACAAGAUUCAGCCAUCACAGCUCACGGAGGAACAGCGAAACGCGACUAGAUUGUUCAAGCAGCUUCAGACUGAAAUCCAAACCACAUUAGCUCUUGGAAAUCCUACUGAGGAAGAUGUCAAGAGUGCCAUGGAGAAGGUUUUGGCUCUUGACAAGGCUUACCCUCUUCCCCUCUUGGGAGCCAUGCUUGAAAAAUUCCCUUCAAAGUUUGAACCAGCUGUUUGGUGGCCUGAAACUAAAACUAAUGAAGUCGUGAAAUCCCAGGCCAAAAUGAAUAAUGGAUGGAGUGCAGAACUAGAAAUGGAGAUGAGGCAGAUUGUUGAAGUGGCGAAGAGAAAAGACGUGGAGGACUACGAGAGGCUGGGAAACUUGGCUCUGAAGGUCAACAAAACAUUGGCCGUAUCAGGUCCUUUGCUCACUGGGAUUGCAGCUUUAGGUUCUGCAUUGUCGAGCCAUGGCUCGUCAUGGCCAGGCAUUGUGGCGGCCAUGGCUGGGUCAUUGGCGGCUUCCACGAAUGCUUUGGAGCAUGGAGGUCAAGUGGGGAUGGUGUUUGAGAUGUACAGAAACUGUGGUGGAUUCUUCAGGUUGCUCCAAGACACCAUUGAAACCACACUUGAAGAGAAAGACUGCGAGAAGAGGGAAAACGGCGAGCUUUUUGAAAUGAAGGCGGCGAUGAAAUUGGGAAGAAGCGUUUCGCAGCUCAGACAAUUUGCCUCGAAAUUUGCUGCCUACGACUCCGAAGGAAUCGCUAUGGAUGAAUUUGCGAGCAAGCUUUUUUGAUUUGGAAGAUAGACUAAUAUAUAUAUAUAUAUUUUUUCAGUUCGUUGAUUCGAUUCAAUUCUUUUAAUCCUAUUAUAUAGGAGCAUUCUUUGAUUCUUUAUGUAUAGUGUCCUGAUAUA